UUAUAAUGAACUGGUUCAACGGGUUUAGCAGAAAUGGCAUAAAUAAAAUAUACUGGAAAUUUGUAUAACUGGUUGUAAUAGCUAGUAUUUUCUUAAAACGUGCGACAUUUAAAUCCAAGAAGUGAACAUUUAUUUUAGCAUUCGCAUAUGUAGGCUACUUAACAGUGACGCGUGAAAUUAUAUGAAAAUCAUUAUAAUAAUAAUAAUAAAAAAAACAAUAAAUUGUCGCACAGGUUGGCAUUCGCUUGCAUCACUUCCGUACUUUGGUGUUUAUAAGCCAGUUUCAUUCAGUCCCACACAGGCAGGUGAUUUGAAAACAACUCUGUUUCUGACCUGCUCGCGUCAAGAAGCCUACAGAAAUACAGAUCCUUCCAGAGCUCGACCGUCGACAGAUCUGUGAAUUAAUGGGAGCCAGCGGCCAAGUGGACCCGUUAGACUUUCUAACGAAUGAAGAUUUGCAGUAUUUUCUCCACCGCAAGAAGACGGAAAUUUCGUGCAUAGAUCAACCGCACGCGUUAUUCACUCAGCUGCGCGACCACGACCUGAUGACGGAGGAAAUGUUUGAGAAGGUGAAAACGAAGCGCUCUCGUGAGCAGAAGCAGAAGCACAUCUAUGAGGUUCUGGACCGGCUGGAGAAAGAGAAAUCUCAGUGCAUGCAUCAGUUCUGGCGCUGUGUGUUUGAAGAUCAUAUCCUGCAGCUGUACCCGACGCUACGCAAGCUCAGAAACAGCCUGCUGGAUGGCAACUUCAUAUUCUAUGGUAAUUCUCUGGAUGUUGAGACACGGAUGGAGGAUAGUGAAGGAAAGGGGGAGAAAGGAAAGGAGAGGGAAAAGACAAGAAAGAGAAAUAAAGAUGAUAGAAGUAGUGACUCUGAGGAUAGUGAUGAGCCGGGUCCUUCCUCUGCUUGCAAACCCACUCGGAAGAAACCAGCCAAGAACCCCUCAUUCUCAUCUUCUGUGAAGAAGGGAGACAAGCAGCAGAUUUGGAAGAGGCCUAUUAAUAAAACUCAGCUGCCUGUAAACUGUGGGGAUAAAGUGGGCACUUUCUAUUGGGACAAACUGUCUAAAGGUUCAGUUUUUGCUAUUACAGUAUGUGUUUAUCAUACAGUUUAUGCGUCUGAAUGCAUGCUGUCUUUCUCUCCUGUAGGGGAGAAGUGCAUUUUGUCCGAGGAAUGCUGGUUCACCCCAUCUGCUUUUGAGAAGUUUGCGGGGAAGGAAAGGUAUAAAAACUGGAAAUACAGCAUCCGCUCUGGAAACACAACGCUUAAGAAACUCAUAGAGGAGAAGGAUCUUCAGACUCCACCGAUGGAGAGGAGAAAGAGGAAAUGUGUCCCAAAAAGUAUGAAAGAGCUGUUUGAGGAUGAGGAGGAGGAGGAGGAGGAUGAGGAGGUGGAGGAUGAUGAGGAGGAGGAAGAAGAGAUGACAGAUCUGUCGGUUUUCCAGGCUCCCUUUUUACCAGUCACCUGUGUUUCACUUACUGGGACUCUAUACAAAAUCAGGUUUGCAUCAGGGAGUCGUGGAAAGUGUAUACGGACUGAAGAAAGCUGGAUCACUCCGGAGGAAUUUGUAAAGCAGGAACCAACUCUCACUGAUGGACACUGGAAAAAAGAUAUACUGUGCCAUGGAAAAACUAUCAACUUUUUGAUCAAGAAAGAGAUCCUACACAUCCAUUCUUUUCUGUGUGAAUGUGUGGAGUGCAGUGAUGACCCAGAAGACCUAAUGGACCAGAAAAAUGACGAUAUGUGUUACAUAUGUGACUCUGGGGGACAUCUUGUGUGUUGUGACGGGUGUCCACGAGCUUUUCAUUCACGCUGUCACCUACCAGCUGCAGAUGGAGACUCACCUGGGGAAUGGAUUUGUACCUUUUGCGUGUUUAGAACCAGUCAGCAAUGGCAUGACUCCAGUAGCAUGUCUAAACAAGAAGCUCUCAAUGCCUCAGUGUCGCAAUACAGAUUGCACUGCCACUAUCUCCUGUUAUAUGUGUACAAGGAGGACAUCAAGAAGGUGUUUGUCAAGGAUCCACGCCAAACAGUGUCCAGAUACUCUCAGUUCAUAUCUAAGCCAAUGUGGCUAGACAAAAUAAAGCUAAAUUUGGAAAGUGACAAGUAUCAGACAGUUGGCGCGUUUGUCUCGGACUUUCAGCUCAUUUUCAGCAAUUGCAGCACAUUCAAUAGGGACAAUAGGUUUGGGCAAAUGGGUGCCAGGCUGAAGGAAAUGUUUGAGAAGGAGUUCCAGAAAAUCUUCACUAUCCAGUAACAGCUUCCCGUCCAGAUGUAUAAUAUUUGAAAUGUCGAGCUGCAAGUUAUCAUCAUGUUUUGUCCAUCGUUACAGUGGCAAUGACAGGAUUUAGCAAGUAAACACAACAGUGUUCCUUCUGCUGCUCUAAAACUCUUUCAGAAACGGAAGUCACUUGCAUCACAGCUCCCCCUACUGUGUGGAUCAGACUCUUCAUUGUUGCAUUUUGAAUUAUGCUUUCAUCAUUUUCAAUGAUUCCAGUUGCAUCUUUAGUGAUUUUGUUGUCCAAAGAGGUGGACUUAUAGUUUUUUUGCAAAAAAAAAGCAAGCAUGGACUUGGUUUUGCAGCAAAAGACAGUCAAAUUUGUUAAAUACUAAAUGAAUUGACUAAAGUGACAUUUUUGAAAAUAAGGCAUUUCAAUAACUGACUAAUAACAUUACUGAACCUAAACAUAGGAGUCUGAUAAAAAAUGCUCAUUUAAAAGAAAACAUGUCAGACGGACUUAUGCGUUCCAGACAGACGGGAAUUUGGAUUUUUCCUACCUCCUUCUAGGAAAUAACGUCUGGAACGCCACUCAAAGUGGGACAUUCGACCUCUGAUGAAGCAAGUCCUGAUUCUAAUGAGCAUAAACAUAAAGACAAACUUUAACAUUAGAUAUUAAGAUCAUGUUGCAUUUGUUUUUGCUUUUCAUCAGCUGUUUUCAAAGCGAUUGUUAUUUUUUUACUGUUUUUGCCAUAACUGACACAAAAACACAAUAUGCUCUCCUUGUGUUGUGUUCAACAUGUGAACGCAUUUUGGUCAACAGACAGAACGCAUUUUUCAGGUUUGAAAACUUUUUUUUUUUUUUUUUUUUUUAUUUAGAAAAGAGCAGUGUGCUGCAUUUUUUUUUUUUUUUUUUUUUUUUUUUUUUUUUACCACCAAAUUAGCUGUUCUGUCAGUCUAAUCAAGGGUUAUAGCGCGAUCGCUUUAGAUUCUUUGGUUUGCUGUUAAAGGGUUAGUUCACCCAGAAAUGAAAAUUACUCACCCUCAUGUCGUUCCACACCCGUAAGACCUUCGUUCAUCUUCAGAACACAAAUUAAGAUAUUUUUGAUAAAGUCCGAUGGCUCAGUGAGGCCUGCAUUGACAGUAAGAUCAUUUCCUUUUUCAGAUGCC